CACUAGCAGUGCAGUCAGUGAGCACACGGAGUCGGCUACGCUGCUCAGAGAUGGCGUCCCUUCUGCAGCCAGAUAGAGUUGUCUAUCUGGUCCGUGGAGAGAAAAAAAUCAGAGCCCCUUUAUCUCAACUUUAUUUCUGUCGCUACUGUAGUGAGCUGCGGUCGCUAGAAUGUGUGUCUCACGAGGUGGACUCCCAUUAUUGUCCAAGCUGUCUGGAGAACAUGCCAUCAGCAGAGGCUAAGGUUAAAAAGAACAGGUGUGCGAAUUGUUUCGACUGCCCAUGUUGCAUGCAUACACUAUCAACUCGCGCCACCAACAUCCCAGCUCCUCUGCCCGAUGAUCCCACCAAGACGGCCAUGAAGAAGGCCUACUACCUGGCCUGCGGCUUCUGUCGCUGGACCUCCAGGGACGUGGGAAUGGCUGACAAAUCAGUUGCCAGCGGUGGGUGGCAGGAGCCUGAAAACCCUCAUACUCAACGGAUCAACAAGUUGAUUGAGUAUUACCAGCAGCUGGCCCACUGAGAGAAGCAGGAGAGAGACAGGAAGAAGCUGGCCAGGAGACGACAGUGCAUGCCUCUGGCGUUCUCGCAACACACUAUUCAUGUGGUGGAAAAAUAUGGCCUUGGAACCAGACUGCAGAGGCAGAGGUCUGGAGCUCCCAUAUCAAGCCUGUCUGGCCUUACCCUUAAAGAGGGUGAAGACCAGAAGGAGAUUGUCAUCGAACCUGCUCAGGCUCUUGAUGAAGUGGAACCCUUGCCUGAAGAUUGUUAUACCAGGCCAGUCAGCUUACCAGAGGUGACCACGCUGCGCCAGCGGCUUCUUCAGCCCGACUUCCAGCCUGCAGGGGCGUCUCAGCUCCACCCCAGACACAAACACCUUCUGAUGAAGCGUUCACUGCGCUGCAGGAAAUGUGAGCACAACUUGAGCAAGCCAGAGUUUAAUCCGACUUCAAUCAAGUUUAAAAUUCAGCUGGUGGCUGUGAGUUACAUCCCUGAAGUGAGAAUUAUGUCCAUUCCAAAUCUCCGGACUAUGAAGGAGAGCCAAGUGCUGCUGACUCUGACCAACCCAGUGGAGAACAUCACCCACGUCACGCUGGCUGCUUAUGAGGAGGAAGAUCCUGAUGACAUCAACAGCACUGCUAAGGUUAUAGUACCCAGCAAAGAACUGGUCUUGGCAGGAAAGGAUGCCGCUGCUGAGUAUGAUGAACUGGCUGAACCUCAGGACUUCCAGGAUGACCCAGAUGUCGUUGCCUUUAGGAAAUCCAACAAGAUUGGUUUCUUCAUCAAAGUGAUCCCUCAGAAAGAAGAGGACGCAGACGUCACCGUUUCAUUUAAGAUCCGACAUGACUUCCGCAACCUCGCCGCUCCCGUCAGGCAGAGCGAGGAGGGAGCCGACACCACCGCCGAGGCCAUUUGGCUCACGCAUCAUGUAGAGCUGAGGCUGGGCCCACUGGCUCCCUGAACACGAAUACCUGGUUUACUAUCAAACACACCUAGUGUUGGGUUCUUUGAACUAACCUCUGUAAACUUUAAUUUAAAUAUGAUUUCUGAUUCUGCUUAUUGAUAUGUAAGAAUUAUUUGUGAUCUGCUUGGUACAGUUGUUUCAAAGUUUUAGCUUAAGUUGCAUCAUCAGAUACAUUGUGGAACAAACAGCGACUGCGUUAUAGCCUAGUUUAUAAAACUACAUGAAACCAUGACUGACUGCAGACGUAUUAGAGAAUCAAGUUUAAUUUACCUUACUGCUUUUGUUUAUUUGCUUUGUUUGCCACAAACAUGCUGAUAGACUGUAUUUCACCAUAUCAUCAUUCUCCUCAGCAUGAACACUAUAUACCAUAUUUAAUUUAAAAGCACUUUUGGUGUAUAGGAAACAGAACCUUACAGAUACAUAAAAUUACUAAUGAAAAAAUGUAAAGUUAUGCAUAGAAAUUCCACUUACAUGCUGGAAUGUGAAAAUGGAUCUGUCAUUCAGGUGCGUACAGUAUUUUCCUUUGUUUUGUGGAUUUGUUUGAGAAAUAUUGGUCUUUAAUGUAUGUAAAAAAUAGCAGUUUAUGUUCAGAAAUUAAUACAACAUAGAGAUUAGAGAAAUAUUAGAGAAUAAAUGAGCAGAAUCAGAAAUCAUAAUAGAGAACAAUCCGAACAAUUCCCAACUGUGCAGCACACACCUCUGCGCUUUUAGCAUAUGUAUCCUCAUCAACAUCUUUUUCUGCAGACUGUAAUAUUGUAUUAACUCGCAUGCUUCAACUGUAGUAAAUAUCGCACACGUUAGACAAUGUCAUCACAGUUACUGAUCUUAUCAGAAAGGUUCCUCUUAGGAUAAAGAUGAUACCUGCCCAUAACUUUACCAUUACCUGAAGUCAAACAGUAACCUUCACUGGCACUAAGGAGAGGAUGUAUAAGACACUCUGUAAAUUUACAUCAAGUGUUCAUUAUUUAAAUGUACUGAGACACUAUCAUUUUUUUUCUGAUUUAAAAAUGUAUUCUCCUGGUUUGUAGAACUCACUGAGCUCUGCCAGUGUAUAUCGUAAGCUGCUGUCAUUUUUGGUCUCAAGUGUGUUAGCAAAACAGAGCCUUACAACACAGUUAAUCUUCUGUACCGGCUAAUAAAAUAAUGUGAUACUGUCA